AUGAUUUACGUUACUGAUUACGACAAUCAUCGAAUCAUGGCAUGGGGAUUUAAUUCAAGCGAAGGGCAGAUUGUUGCCGGUGGCAACUUGCAGGGAACUGGCAUACAUCAAUUAAAUCAGCCCACAGAUGUGAUUUUCGAUAAGAAGUACGAUUCUCUCAUCAUUUGUGAUAAAGGAAAUCAGCGCAUAGUACGAUGGUUUCGUCGAAGGGAGAAAACUCCCGAAAUAGUCAUUAGAUCGGUUGAUUGCUGGUCUUUGGCUAUGGACAACAACCGUAAUCUAUAUGUUUCUCGCUAUUUAAACCCAGAAAUAAGACGAUAUACCGAUAAUGAUACUAUUGGAACACAGCUCACAAUUGGAUACAACAAUUCAAUACCAUUCGAUGAGCCUACCUAUAUUUUUGUUGAUGAGAAUCGUUCGAUUUAUAUAUCAGAUUGGGGAAAUAAUCGAGUUAUAAAACAGGUGAAAGAUAUGCAGUACAACAGUAUCGUUGCCGGUGGAAAUGGUCGUGGGAAAGAUGAUCAUAAACUAACGUAUCCUCAAGGAUUAUUCGUUGAUCAUAUGAAUAAUCUUUAUGUAGUAGACGGAGAUAAUGAUCGAGUAAUGCGCUGGUGUAAAGGAUGUAAAACGGGUGAGAAGGUUGUUGGUGGUAAUGGAGGGGGAAACCAAGCAAAUCAACUUAGUGGUCCCAAAGAUUUGGCAUUUGAUCGAAAACAUAAUCUUUAUGUUGUCGAUCGCAAUAAUCAUCGAGUGCAGAGAUUCGAUGUUGAUGUCAAUUGA